GAGCUGUAUCUUUAGGCCCCAGCUUCUCAUUUUCUUGUUUUACGACUCUCUCUUUCUCUCUCUCCCCAAAUGCCUGAGUUUGGAGGCAACAAAAUGUUAAUCUGAAAAGGGUUUUGUUCUUAUAGUUAAGCUGCUGAAGAAAACAGAGCAAGACCCAAAAAAAGAAAGAAAGAAAGAAAAGAAAAGAAAAAUGAGUGCUUCUAGGUUCAUAAAGUGUGUCACAGUUGGUGAUGGUGCCGUUGGCAAGACUUGCAUGCUCAUUUCCUACACCAGCAACACUUUCCCUACGGAUUAUGUGCCAACUGUGUUUGACAAUUUCAGUGCGAAUGUGGUUGUGGAUGGGAGCACUGUAAAUUUAGGUUUGUGGGAUACUGCUGGCCAGGAAGAUUAUAAUAGAUUAAGACCGUUGAGCUAUCGUGGGGCUGAUGUCUUCUUGCUUGCAUUCUCACUCAUAAGCAAGGCCAGUUAUGAAAAUGUUGCGAAGAAAUGGAUUCCUGAAUUGAGGCAUUAUGCACCCGGUGUUCCAAUUAUACUUGUUGGAACAAAACUUGAUCUUCGGGAUGAUAAGCAGUUCUUUAUAGACCACCCUGGUGCAGUGCCCAUCACCACAGCUCAGGGGGAGGAACUGAGAAAGCUGAUUGGUGCUCCUAUUUACAUUGAAUGUAGUUCAAAAACACAGCAGAAUGUCAAAUCUGUUUUUGAUGCGGCCAUAAAGGUGGUUCUCCAGCCACCAAAGCAGAAGAAGAAAAAGAAGAGAAAAGGGCAAAGGGGCUGCUCUAUAUUGUGAUUAUGAGAAGGAUAACUCCUGGAGGAUGUCAUCACAAAUGGCGUUAGUCUCUCACAGUCACCAUAUAUCUUACAAUAUAGCACCUUGAGGAAGAAGCAAGCCGGGGUUUAGUCUCAACUGACAGAAGUAGGGAGCUCUUUUUUAAGCAUCAAGUUGUCUGUUUCAGUUUCUUAGCCGUGUGCUGAUUUGUAUAUUUAUGAUUCACAUGUCUUGGUGAAAGUGCACUCUUCUGUUUCUUGGGACUACAUUUUGCUUUUGUAUUAACUCUAAAAACAAAAUUGUUUCCUUCUGUAGACACCAGUUAUAUUCAGGUUCUGUAACCUGAUUUAGUACAUCUUAAGAAACUUUCUAUAUGUAUAUUGAUUUGCAUUGAAUUAUAUAUUAGAUAUAAUCAUUUCAAAAGCUGAUUUAGCUGAA